AUGUUAGGACAAAAAUUACAACGUAAAAAGAAAAUAACAACUAGUAAAACUACUAAUGUUGCAUUAGAAAGUAGUUUAACAUCAAUGGAUUGGUUACCAAAAAUGCAAAUAGGAGAAAAUCCAUUACCAUCAUCGACAACAUCUAUUAAAGAAUCAUUAUUAAAUCCAUCAUCAUCAUCAUCAUUAAAUCCAUCAUCAUCAUCACCAUUAAAUCCAUCAUCAUCAUCAUCAUCAUCAUCACUUCCGAUAACUUUAUCAACAAAAAAUAUUCAACAAAAACUAGAACAAAAUGAUAUUGAAUUACCAACAUCAACUAAUCAUUUGAAACCGCCAUAUAGUUAUGUAACAUUAAUUCGACAAGCUAUAUUAAGUGAUAAUAUGCAAAGAAUGACAUUAAAUGAAAUUUAUCAAUGGAUUGUUGAUUCAUAUCCAUAUUUUCGUACAGCACCACCAAAAUGGAAGAAUUCAAUUCGACAUAAUUUAUCAUUGAACAAAUGUUUUAAAAGACUUCAAAGAAAUACAAAUGAUCCAGGCAAAGGUUCUUAUUGGGCAAUUGAUGAAUCAAAUGAAAUUAAUCAUCAAUCGAAUUCUCGUAAACGACGAUUUGAUACACAACAAUCUCUUCCGAUAUUAUCUUCAUCACCAAUUAAUAUAAAUCAAAAAUCAACAGUUUCUCCGACAAAUAAUAAUCCAAUAAUAUUUGGUGAUAGUAGUAAUAUUGGUGGACAAUCAUUAUCAACGGAUGAAUCAGAUUCGACUAUGUCACUUGCAGUAAAUUCUACAUUAAUACAUUGGGAUGACUUGAACCUUGAUUUAACUGCUUCAUCUCAUCGAGUUUGUGAGCAAAUUCUCGAUGGUCCAUCUACGACAUGGACCACAAAUUCUGAUCCAUCAUCGACAAAUAUUAUUAUUCCAAAUUCUUGGAGUCAUGAUAUUUUUUCUCAUGGAGAAACAAAUAGUUUUUUUGAAAAUGUCAAAUUGGCAUCGAGUGGUGAAAUUAAUUGGAAUGAUAUUGAUGUUAAACCUUAUUGUGAAUUUCUUGAUGGUUUUCGAACAAAUCCAGCAUUUCAACAACAAGAUCGAGAUAAAUUACUCAAUCUUGCUUCAUCACUUUCAUCUUUUUUCGAUUAUACGAAUGAAUCCAUCAUCGCAAAUCGAUUACCAAUUGUAUCGAAUGGAGCAAUAUUAGAAACAACUAACCAUUUAACUACUCUUCCAGUUGUAAUUGAAGACGAAACUUUUGAUUGGGAUUUAAUUACAUAA